AAUUAAACAGGGAGUGCAAUUAGUAAUUUUGCUGUACCUACAAAACCAAUUCACUCUCACUGUUUCACCCUUCUCUGUUUUUUCUGUCUUCGAGGGUUUCGUUCUCUCCCCUUGAAGAAGAAGAACAACAACACCGCCAACCGAGGAAAAUCCUUUUGUUUUCUUUUUAAGGUGCAUCAGUCAUGUUUGGGCGUGGACCAACAAGGAAGAGUGAUAACACCAAAUAUUAUGACAUUCUUGGUGUUUCAAAAAGUGCCAGUGAAGAUGAAAUCAAGAAAGCCUAUAGAAAGGCAGCGAUGAAGAAUCAUCCUGAUAAGGGUGGAGAUCCUGAGAAGUUCAAGGAGUUGGGUCAAGCAUAUGAAGUGUUAAGUGAUCCUGAAAAGAAAGAACUGUAUGAUCAAUACGGUGAAGAUGCUCUGAAAGAAGGAAUGGGAGGAGGAGGAAGCCCAUUUCAUAACCCAUUUGAUUUAUUCGAAUCAUUUUUUGGUGGAGCUGGCUUUGGUGGCGGUGGUCCUUCACGGGGAAGAAGACAGAAGCAAGGAGAAGAUGUGGUGCAUUCUUUAAAGGUUUCCUUGGAGGAUGUGUUUAAUGGCACUACAAAGAAACUAUCUCUGUCUAGGAAUGUGUUGUGCGUAAAAUGUAAAGGGAAAGGUUCAAAAAGUGGCACAGCUGGAAGGUGUUUUGGAUGCCAGGGGACAGGUAUGAAGAUUACCAGAAGGCAGAUUGGUCUGGGCAUGAUUCAGCAGAUGCAACACGUCUGUGCUGACUGCAAAGGAACUGGUGAGGUCAUUAGUGAGAGAGAUAGAUGUCCUCAAUGCAAGGCAAACAAGAUUACUCAAGAAAAGAAGGUGCUGGAGGUGCAUGUGGAAAAGGGAAUGCAGCAAGGUCAAAAGAUUGUAUUUGAAGGACAAGCUGAUGAAGCCCCGGACACAAUCACCGGAGACAUAGUUUUUGUCUUGCAAGUGAAAGGGCAUCCAAAGUUCAGGAGGGAGCGCGAUGACCUCCAUAUUGAUCACAAUCUGAGCUUAACUGAGGCUCUAUGUGGCUUUCAAUUUACUGUCACACAUCUUGAUGGAAAGCAACUCUUGGUCAAGUCAAACCCAGGAGAAGUCAUCAAGCCAGGUCAACACAAAGCUAUUAAUGACCAGGGAAUGCCACAACACAAUAGGCCCUUCAUGAGGGGACGCCUAUACAUCAAGUUUAAUGUUGAAUUCCCAGAAUCAGGUUUUCUUUCCCCUAGCCAAAGCCUUGAAUUAGGGAAGAUAUUACCUCAUAAGACAAGCAAGAAGUUGUCGCAAAAGGAAAUAGAUGAUUGCGAGGAGACCACCUUCCAUGAUGUUGAUAUUGCAGAGGAGAUGCUUCGAAAGAAGCAACAAUACCGUGAGGCAUAUGAUGACGAUGAUGAUGAAGAUGAGCACUCACACUCAGAGCCUCGGGUACAGUGUGCUCAACAGUAGUGCAAUUUAUGGUGAAAGUAUUACUAAAAUGUUCUCUAUGAUUAUCUUCUGUUUGCAUAAUGCAGUUAUAACUGCAGCUUAGUUUAUCUUAGUUUCAUCUGGAAAUGUUACUUUGUUUACAAUUAUAUUGUUUGGUUUGAAUUUUGCUGUAAUAGGAGUAUUUAUUUAGCAUAUGAAAAUUAAAUGCUUGGUACAA